AUGGCGUCCGUAAUAAUCUCCCUAUUCACACUCAUCCGGAAGCUUCCUUCCAGGUACUUCGGAAAACCCCCACCUCCAUACGAAACACCACCCGAUGCCGUCGUGCCCGAAACGAUGCCGUUCCUUGGGGCUGGAAAAUCUGGGGUUGUUAAUGGGAUCGAUGCAGAACGGGUGCUAAAGAGAUAUCACGAUGAUGACGGGCGGGAGACUGAGCAUAUCGUUUAUAAGCGAUUAGGUUCACAUCCCAGUAUCGCCAAGUUGCUGGAAAUACGGACAGAUGGAUCUAUCGUUCUCGAGCGAGGCACACCACUCAGAAGUAUCUGCAGGGGCCCCUCUACCAAUGAGAUACCGAUUGAAACCAAAAUCCGCUGGUUGAAACAAGCAGCAGAAGGUUAUCAAUAUCUGCACUCUUGUGGCAUCAUCCAUGGUGACGUUGGGAGUCACAAUCUGAUUCUUACAAAGCAGGAUUGUAUAAAGCUUAUUGACUUUGAAGGCUGUGGUGUUGACGGUGGAGGGGCGAUGUCAUGCUACGAAUGGUUCAGCUAUCGGCCCUCCAUGCCUCGAGUGAGUUCAGAUACUGACGUAUUUGCAUUUGGAUGUAUGAUCUACGAACUUUUGACUGGAAGACCGCCGCAUUAUGAAUUCGAAGGAUUGGACAACCAGGUCGAAGAAUUAUACGAAGCUCAACAAUUCCCAGAUACAACUGAUCUUUCUCUUGGCCAGCUAAUCCGGAAUUGCUGGAACAGCAACGCCAGCUCGAUGGCCGAUAUUAUUAGAGAGCUAGACGCUUAUCCCGCUUGA